CGUACAGGGUCGGUUAUGCAUAAGGCCAGGAACAUCGAAAUACCUUGUUUUACUGCACAGGUAGACUGCGAAUAUAGUGUAAUCUAUCAUCUUUCAAAAGGGUUGCAGAGCGAAAUCCCAGUUUGCUACAUACAAGCCAUCAUGGCGAGCCAGAGACGCGCAGGAUCUGUGCUUCUAUCCCGGGUUUCUCCCCCAGUCUGGAGUGUUCAUGCAGCGUUCUGUUGGAAUAACGACCAGGCGUUCUGCUGGACCGGGUUGGUGGUGGUAUUGUGCACGCUGAUGUGCUGUGCGCCGUGUAACGCCGAAACAGAGUUUUCAAUCUUGGAAGAAGCGCAAGUUUUAGCAAAUCAAAUGAAAAAGCUGUCUACCGAAGAGCUCGGGGUUUUCACGAUGCAGAGGAUAUUCAACUCCUUCGUCUACACAGAAAGAAACUCAAAUGGUGAAACAGAAGUGCAGCUGUUGGAAAAAAAGAUCCGCGAGAAGUUUAACCGUUACCUGGACGUGGUGAACAGGAACAAGCAGGUGGUUGAAGCAUCAUACACGGCCCACCUCACAUCCCCCCUGACUGCCACCCAGGACUGCUGUACCAUCCCUCCCUCCAUGCUGGACUUUGAUGGCAACUUCAACACAAACGUUUCCAAAACCAUCAGCUGCGACAGGCUGUCUACCACCGUAAACAGCCGUGCCUUCAACCCAGGACGCGACCUCAACUCAGUGCUGGCUGACAACCUGAAGUCCAACCCUGGGAUAAAGUGGCAAUACUUCAGCUCCGAAGAGGGCAUCUUCACCGUCUUUCCAGCUCACAAGUUCCGCUGCAAGGGCACCUAUGAGCACCGCAGCCGGCCUGUGUAUGUAUCAGCAGUGCGGCCACAGCCAAAGCACAUAGUCGUCAUCGUGGACCAUGGAGCCUCGGCCACGGAAACCCAGAUUCAGAUUGCUAAAGAUGCGGCACAAGUCAUCCUGAAUUCCAUCGAUGAGCAUGAUAAAAUCUCCAUGUUGGCAGUGGCAGAUGCAGUGCGGACGUGUUCUCUGGAUCAGUGCUACAAGGCUUUCCUGUCUCCAGCCACCAGUGAAACCAAGAGGAAGAUGUCCUCCUUUAUCAGCAACAUCAAGUCCUCGGACAGCCCCACCCAGCAUGCCCUGGGCUUCCAGAAAGCUUUCCAGCUCCUCCAGGGCACCCAUAAUGUGACCAGGCAGAAGUCAAACACUGACAUGGUGAUAAUCUACCUGUCAUCGGGAAUCACAUCGAGGGACUCCUCCGAGGACGAUAAGAAAGCCACGCUCCGAGUUAUCAACACGGAGAACGGCUGCCUGAACAACACUGUCAUGAUCCUCACUUACGCGCUCAUGAACGAGGGUGUCACUGGACUGAAGGAGCUGGCAUUCCUGCGGGAUCUGGCUGAGCAGAACUCUGCCAAGUACGGAGUGCGGGACCGCGCGUCUCUCCCAGUCGUCAAGGGCAGCAUGAUGGUCUUGAACCAGCUCAGUAACCUGGAGACCACUGUGGGGCGCUUCUACAUCAACCUGCCCAACAGGAUGAUCGACGUGGCCGUCUUCAGCCUGCCCUACAAUGAUGAAAUGGGAGAAGGUCUCAUAAUGACUGUUGUCAGACCGUGUUACUUUGGCAACCUGUUGCUGGGGAUUGUGGGAGUCGAUGUAAACUUGGCCUACAUCCUAGAAGAUGUAACCUACUACCAGGACUCUCUGGCAUCCUACACCUUUCUCAUAGACAAUAAAGGUUACACACUCAUGCACCCCUCUCUCUCAAGACCUUACCUGCUGAGCGAGCCACCGCUCCACACUGACAUCGCCCACUAUGAGAACAUACCUGGCUUUGAGCUGGUGAGGCAAAACAUUCUCAGCCUCUCUCUAGGCAGCCAGGUCAUUGCAGUCCCUGUGAACUCCUCUCUUUCCUGGCACAUGAACAGACUGAGGGAUGCCAGCCAGGAGGCUUACAACGUCAGCUACGCCUGGAAACUGAUUCAAGACACAUCCUUCAUCCUGUGCAUUGCCUACGUGCAACCUGAGAUCCCAGUGAAGCACCUUAAGAACCUCAACACUGUGCCCAGCAGCAAGCUGCUGUACCACCGGCUGGACCUCCUGGGGCAGCCCAGCGCCUGCCUGCACUUCAAGCAGCUGGCAACUGUUGAGAGUCCAACAGUGAUGCUGUCUGCAGGCAGCUUCUCCUCUCCAUACGAGCACCUGAGCCAGCCAGAGACCAAACGCAUGGUGGAACACUACACAGCCUACCUCAGCGACAACACACGCCUCAUCGCCAACCCGGGGCUCAAAUCUUCUGUCAGAAAUGAAGUAAUGGCUACCAGUCACGUAACUGACGAAUGGAUGACUCAAAUGGAAAUGAGUGGCCUGAACAGUUACAUUGUGCGUCGUUACAUAGCAACGCCCAAUGGGGUGCUGAGGAUUUACCCUGGCUCCCUCAUGGAUAAAGCAUUCGAUCCCACCAGAAGACAAUGGUACCUUCACGCCGUGGCCAAUCCAGGCCUGAUCACCUUCACUGGACCCUACCUGGAUGUUGGGGGAGCUGGAUACGUGGUCACUAUCAGCCACACGAUCCAUGCCUCCAGCUCCCAAAUGGCCUCCGGUUACGCCGUGGCAGUGAUGGGCAUUGACUUCACCCUCAGAUACUUCUACAAGGUCCUUCUGGACUUGCUGCCCGUCUGCAACCAGGACAGGGGCAACAAAAUCAGGUGUUUCAUAAUGGAAGACAGGGGUUACCUGGUAGCGCACCCGACUCUCAUUGACCCCAAAGGCCAUGCACCUGUGGAGCAGCAGCACAUCACACACAAGGAGCCUUUGGUAGCGAAUGAUAUCCUCAACCAUCCCAACUUUGUGAAGAAAAACCUGUGCAAUAGCUUCGGUGACAGAACAGUGCAGCGUUUCUACAAGUUCAACACCAGCAUUAUUGGUGACCUGACGAAUCUGGUGCAUGGAAGCCACUGUUCCAAAUACCGUCUGACCCGGAUCCCAGGCACCAACGCCUUUGCAGGGAUUGUGAACGAAACGUGUGAUUCCCUGGCUUUCUGUGCCUGCAGCAUGGUGGACAGGCUCUGCCUCAACUGUCACAGGAUGGAGCAGAAUGAGUGUGAAUGCCCCUGUGAGUGCCCUCUAGAGGUCAAUGAAUGCACUGGCAGUCUUACCAACGCAGAGAACCGGAACCCCAGCUGUGAAGUUCACCAGGACCCCUUAUCUCUGACACUGAUUGACCCCAGUCUGCAGGACACACUGCCGCAGUGCAUCAAUACCAGGUGUAACCAGAGGUUCACCAGCGGCGAUUGCUUUGGGGUGCUGGACUGUGAAUGGUGUGUGGUGGACAGCGAUGGGAAGACUCACCUCCACAAGCCCUACUGCGCUCUUCAGAAGGAGUGCUUCGGGGGCAUUGUGGGAGCCAGGAGUCCCUAUGUGGAUGACAUGGGCAUUUUAAGUGAUGAAGUGAUCACACUGAACAUGAUUAAAAGCGCCCCGGUGGGGCCUGUGGCGGGGGGGAUCAUGGGCUGUAUCAUGGUGCUGGUUCUGGCAGUGUACGCUUACAGACACCAGAUACACAGGAGGAGUCACCAGCACAUGUCCCCGCUUGCAGCGCAGGAAAUGUCUGUGCGAAUGUCAAACUUGGAUAAUGAGCGGGAUGAGAGGGACGAAGACAGCCAUGAAGACAGAGGCAUUAUGAGUAACACGCGGUUCAUCGCCGCGGUGAUCGAGAGACGCAGCCACAGUCCAGAGAGGAGAAGACGCUACUGGGGGAGGUCAGGGACCGAGAGCGAUCACGGCUACAGCACCAUGAGCCCUCAGGAGGACAGCGAGAACCCGCCCUGCAAUAACGACCCCCUGUCGGCCGGAGUGGACGUCGGGAAUCACGACGAAGAUCUGGACCUGGACACGCCUCCACAGACGGCCGCUUUGUUAAGCCACAAGUUCCACCCGUACCGACACCCCCACCACUACUCACUGCACCCCAGCCACCACCUGCAGGCAGCUGUCACCGUUCACACUGUGGACGCCGAGUGCUGAAGCGCCGCUCGCGUUGGCGUGACCUGACCUGGGGGAGCUGCUAUUUAACGAGAGCCUGCUGUUGCCAGCCUGGAUUAACCAGCGGACUUGGGAAUUGUACACAGCCCUCCUGCAGCCAGACACUGAACUAACUGAGUGCGGGAGUGUUUGAGAGACUGCCUGCUAUUCUGAAACUGGAACUCGAACACCCGAGCAGGUGCAGGUUUUGGAACAUGGCAAAUAAUGGCAAAUGGUGUUUACAAGUCUCGUGGAAAAGCAGAGCUACUGUGUGUGUGUGUGUGUGUGUGUGUGUGUGUAUGUGUAUAUAAAAAGUGCAAACAAUGCAUAUCAGAUUUAAACAAAAAAAAAUAAAGGAAUAUUUUUCUACUAUUUAUUUAACUGAAAAAAAAAGAAAAUGAAAUGCUUGUUGUAGAUUGAGUUGGACUGAGAUCUUUUACUCUUGAGAGGAGACGUGAAACCAACACAUUGGAACAACCAGCAUUACCUAACAAAUGAAACCUUCACCACUUACUGCCCUCUUUGUUAUGUAGUAAAGAAAAUGUCAUAGUUAAAUGUACGGUACAUUUUUAAUAAUAUGUGUUGCUAUGUAUAUGAGCUUUCAAAGACUGCAGAAAAUAAUAUGAUGUUUUGAGUGACAUAAACUGUUAAAUAGUACAGGACUGCACAAUUGUUGAUUUUAAAACCCUGUGAUUUUACAGAAUAUUUUCUACAUUUUAAAAGAAGAAAUAUUGCUGCUCCUUGACCUGGCUAAAUCUCUUAACGUUUUGUUACAGGGAAAGCCAAUAUUCCUCUUAAGCUGAUCCACGUAUGGGUCAAAUCAAGUAAUUAGUACAACAUACUCUCUUAAUAUCUUGAUAGAAAGUAGAAGUGUAUGAUUUUGUAUAUAAGAAAUGUAAUUAAUAGAAUGGCAAUAUCAAACGUUUUUAUAUUUAAGCAUUAACCCAUGCACUGUCGGCAAGUGUACUGUGUAGACUUUUUACCUGGGAAACAGGAAAACUGAACUGUAGUUCACUGCUUCAGAGAACAUAAAUACUGUUUUUUUUAACAGUCGGUUAUCCUGCAUUUCGAGAAGAUGGCUAUUGAAAAAAAGAAAAGGGUUUGUGAUUCAAGUCCUUUUGUAUAUACUUUUUUUUGGGGGGGGGGGGGAAAGAAAAUACAAAUCACAUUCCAUGUACACUGUAUAUGUAUGUAUUACUGGUCAACAGUCCAUGCAGGAAGUUCAUUUUACACCAGUGUAUCCUGAAUGUCAAUUCUGUGUUAUAAAUGGCAAGUUAGAAAUACAAAUGAUUGCAUCUUAAAUCCAAAUGCCAGUACUUGUACUGAAUCCAAUUAAAUACUACAGCAGUGUGUAUACUGUACAGUGUUAUCUGUAUGAAGUAGACCUCCUUGUCGCUUGAUCCAGGUGGAAUUGAUCUCUUUUAAGCUAGGUCAAAUGAUACCUGUGCGGUAUUGAUCUGUACCAUUUCAGUAUGUCAAAUAGUCUGUUCAUUUUAAUUGUAAAGCUGAGGGAGCACGAAGCCACUUUGUGGCUUGGAACUUGGUUUCAGAGACUAGGUUUCAGGCCACUGCACGGCACACCAGGGGAGUCUAGGUCUCAAGCCACUGCUCCUAAAAAAAGUGGCCUUGUGUUUCCUCGGCUUAAGGUCUGUGGAUUUCUCCCAGUCAUCACAGCCCUGAUGGGACACCAUGGAAGAAUUGCCUUGUAUGGUUUGAUCCACACUGUUUUUAGCUGCUGGUGAUGCAUUCACUGUCUGUGCUGGGAUUAUUAUUAUUAUUUUUACUUUUAUAACCACACAGACUUUUGUUUUACUUCCACACUGGGUUCUUUCUUUAAAGACAAAGACUUGGUUCUGCAUGCCCUCGGUGUAUUCUAAUUUAUUAUUUGCAAACUGUACAUAAUUGUGUAACAGUACUGGUGAUCUUGCAUUAACCCAUCAUGGUUUAGAACCCAUUGUGUUCUUGUAGUUAGUAGAUCUACUGUGUUCAGUGUCCUUUUUACAAUUUGCCUAAAACUGGAAGUCAGUGCAGUAUAUCAAAUUAAAUUCAUUUUGGUUAUAAA